AUGUCGUCACUCUUAAGUGCGUCGUCGGCUUUACGCGAGGACGCACUACGGCGGCUGAAGAGAGAAAUGCGGGCGCGGGCGGUGAAGCUGGGCCUUCGGUCCUGGAUGGGCUGGCGCCGGGGCUUAACCUCCAAGGCGGAUCCUCAGCGUAGUGGCAGGGUCACGGCCGAGGUGAUCGAACACCUGGAGCGUCUAGCGCUUGUGGACUUCGGCAGCCAAGAGGCCGUGGCACGGUUGGAGAAAGCCAUCGCCUUUGCCGACCGGCUCCGCGCCGUGGACACGGACGGCGUGGAGCCCAUGGAAUCAGUAUUGGAGGACAGAUGUCUAUACUUGAGAUCUGACAAUGUGGUAGAAGGCAACUGUGCUGAAGUACUACUACAAAAUGCCCAUCGAGUUGUGGAGGAGUAUUUUGUGGCCCCCCCAGGUAAUAUCUCUUUGCCAAAGCAGGAUGAACAAGAGCCUUUUUCACACAACUGAGUAGCUGUUCUGAGAAUGGGUACCCUGUGAACACGUGGAAGCCCAAAGAUAGUAUUUCGUUACUGUGAACAGUAAUGUUCCAACUUUCUU